AAAACUGCUUGCUAACGAAAAAUAUUAAAUUCAACUCUGCAAGUCCUUUGUCCGGAAAGUUAUAACUUGGCCUUAAUUAAUGCCGUUUCAUUCUAACAAACCAAAUAUUGGCCGCAAAUGUUGAGAUAAAUACACGUUGAUCAGCUGUGCUUUGAGUAGAAUAGUAAAAACGUGCCGCGGUAUAUAUGUGUGUAUAUGCAUGCCUAUUUUGGUACAUAAAAAUAAAAUCGGAUGUGUAAGUGAAGGAGUGAACUUGUUCCGUGUUGUGUGUGUGCUGUAUGUAUUUCUAUCUCCUGGACUACUUUGUACAAUUUACGAUUGUGUAUUUUUAUACAAAUUUGAUAAUUUUCGAUUGUUGCAUUUCAGUCGUAAUGGCUCUCUGUGUUUGUAAAUGCUUAAACGUAACAUUAGGAAGUGAUAAAGUAGAAGAUAAUGUUGAUAUAAGAAAAUUGGAGUUAUCACCCAUGGAACAAAGGGAUAUUUUUUUCAGUGAGAAAUUGCUUUCAACACCGUUGAAUUCCCUGAAAAGUCAAGUGGUGCAACCAGCUCUGGUGUACCAGCGAGGCGUGGGCCGUUGGACGCUGCACUCCUGCCUGGCCUGCGGGCUGGUCACGCACGCCAUCUCACAGGACAGGCCUAGCACUGUUCUCAUUCCUAAAGCCACACAAACCACACAAGAGAAAAUAAAUAAUCUUAAGAAGACAAGCAAUUUUUCUCCAGUUUUUAAUUUACUUGUGCCAGAAGUAACUAGCUUAGACAUGAAAGAGAAUGUGGACACAAACAAUAUAGUUAGUGAUAAGAAAGGUUGGCAGCCAGCACAGCAAGCCAUCGGCACACUGAGCAAGCAGCUCACGCAGACCCUGCAGUCGCAGCUUGAAGCCAUUGAAGAAACUGUAAGGCAGUUCCGAGACCAAAAGUAUGCUGAGUUUGAAGCAUACAAAGACAGAGCACAAAGGGAUCACAAGAUAUUAGCUAGUAUUGUAAGCAAAACCCGAGAUAGCCUGAACGGAGACGGUUUCCGGGUGGACACUUCUCUUGACAAUGGACCUCCUUCACCGCAGCUACCUCCACUUCAGAGAAGAAGACUGUCUUCAUUCAAAGAUGCCAAAAAAAAUACACAGAAUAUUGUUAAGCAUAACAGGGACCUUCCGCCAGAAGAAGAUUCGUUGGACGCAGAAGAUAUCUUCGACAUAGAAGGGAUGGACUCGCACAACCACAUGAUCUCAGAUCAGGAUGACUACGACGAUUCUGAUGUGGACGUCAGCAACGACGAAGGCAUCCACAUUGGACGCGGGCGUGGCGCCGCUAACCUCGACCUGGCGCGCUCGCUGCCCAUCAACGUGCCCGUGUUCCCCGCCGAGCGCGCGCUCAGGGAGCCCGACACCGACGUGAGUACUGUCCCUGCAGUACAGCAUAGUGUAGCGGGGCCACCAGCCUCCACCUGGCGCGCUCGCUGCCCAUCAACGUGCCCGUGUUCCCCGCCGAGCGCGCGCUCAGGGAGCCCGACACCGACGUGAGUACUGUCCCUGCAGUACAGCAUAGUGUAGCGGGGCCACCAGCCUCCACCUGGCGCGCUCGCUGCCCAUCAACGUGCCCGUGUUCCCCGCCGAGCGCGCGCUCAGGGAGCCCGACACCGACGUGAGUACUGUCCCUGCAGUACAGCAUAGUGUAGCGGGGCCACCAGCCUCCACCUGGCGCGCUCGCUGCCCAUCAACGUGCCCGUGUUCCCCGCCGAGCGCGCGCUCAGGGAGCCCGACACCGACGAGGAGCCCUGCGACAUCGCGGCGAGCAUCAAGGCGCUGGCGCGCUCCGUGCACGGCGACGUGUUCGAGCUGCCGCGCCCGCGCUGCAGCACGCAGAUGUAACGCGCCCGCCCUCGUCGCGUCCGCAGCCCUUUGAAGCCUGAGGGGCCGACUGGUAGCCCCCGUCUACAUCCAUAUUACAUACCACUAAAUUAUUUCCAUCGAUAAAUUGGUAUACCUGUGUUUGAAAUUGAGACUUCCCUAACAGAAGUCUCUGAGUGGGGUCGACUUAGUCCGUUUUAACCCUACCAAAAUACAAGUUUGCGCGUUUACCGCAAAAAAGUUAAAAGUUUGUCGUGUCACCUCGUUUUGAGACCACUCCCUUGACUUCUACAGCCGGUAUCGGAAUCCUUGGCGUCGACAUCUCGAGUGAAGACCAGUUCCGCGGCUAUUUAGAGAGUAAGGCCAAAUCGGCCUUAAAAAAGCUCAGUGUGCUCAGGAGAUUGAGACAGUUCACACCGGCCCACCGCCUGCAGCUUUGUAAGGCGCAGGUGCACCCACACAUGGAAUAUUCUUCUGAUCUAUGGGCAGGGGUAUCCCCGUACCACAUCCAACGAAGAGCUUGACUCUUUGGCGCUGCGUAUUUCCAUCCUCACCACUUAAACGGUUAACAGUCCUCAGUGCGUUUCUCCAGAAACUUUCUGCCUCGCACAGCUAUACUGUGGAAUGAACCAUCAUAAAGGCCGGCAGCGCACUUACAACCCCUCUGGCGUUGCGGGUGUCCAUGGGCGGCGGUAAUCGCUUACCAUCAGGUGAUCCGUCUGCUCGUUUACCUCCUAUAUCAUUAAAAAAAAUGUUAUAUUGGUGUUAUCUCCAGAAUUAAAACAUGAGUAACUUUCGGUGGCGGGAUCCCAAAAGUCGCCUUUUGUAAUGGGGUUCGUUUGCAUCAAAUCCGAUAGUUCUGAUUCUUUGCAGAUUUGUUUAUCAAUGAAUAAUCCAAGUUUGUGACCUCGAGCGCCUAACGCAACUUUGUAAAAAAUCUAAAAAGUCCUUUAGGAUUAUAAUCGCCCAAAUAAAAUAAAAAAGCUAUUUUCGCGGUUUUCUCGAUUUUUGACAAAGUUGCGUUCGGUGCUCGAGGUCUCAAACUUGGAUUAUUCAUUGGACCAACAUCAUAAAGAAGUCUGCAAAAAAUCAGUGCUACAGGAUUUGACGCAAACGCUAAUGUUUUAAAUUACUGGAUUAUUAUACAAAGAGCAAAAUUAGCUCUUGCUUGCUCAACACAACAUCAUUUUCCUCGCGUUGUCCCGGCUUUUUGCUACGGCACCUGGGAGCCUUGGGUCCGCUUGGCAAUUAAUCCCAGGAAUUGGCAUAGGUACUCAUUUUCACCAAAGCGACCGCCAUCUGACAUUCCAACCCAGAGGGGAAACUAUGCAUUAUUGGGAUUAUUCCACACGAUGUUUUCCUUCACCGACAAGCGACUGGUAAAUAUCAAAUGAUAUAUCGUACACAAGUUCCGAAAAACUCAUUGGUACGAGCCGGGGUUUGAACCCGCAACCUCCGGAUUGAAAGUCACACGCUUAGGCUACCAGCGCUCUUGUAACUUUACCACUGCUAGGUACAUUUAGGGCCACUUGCGCCUUCUAGGAUUAGACAACUAGCUCCGAGUAAACAGUUUAUACACAGUUAAACUGUACUGUAUGAACGGUUAACUCCGAGUUAGUUGGCGAACCCCGGAACGGGCACGUGGCCCUUAUUAUUACAACAGUUGGCGCCUAUACUUUUCUGUCAAUUAAACAUUUAUGUAACAUAACAUUCGUGUAUAAGCUGCAGUUCACUUUCGGGUGUCUUUAUAAGGUUUUUUUUUAUUACAAAUUUAUAUACAUUAUAUUAUUAUAUUACAAAAAUGUUUAAGUAAAGUUUGGAACGUUAAGUGUUCGUAUCUAUCGCGAAAGUAAGUCUCAGAACUAAGCGGAAACAUGGGUUAUAGUUAUUUUUAAUGCAAAUCGGCAUGAUAAAUAACUAUGCUGAUACACAAAAGGCUAUAUUUAAGAAAGUUGUAUGAGCUGUACAUUCGGAUAAGCUAAGCGGAUAACCUAAUUAUUUUAUAAAUAACUAAAAACCACUAAAAAUCCACUGUUUAAUUUGUUCGGUUCUCUUCUACAGAAACUAUUGUUACAGAUGUUCAUAUUUUAUGAAUCAAAUGAUCUGUUAUAAAUUACAAUUGAAUGUAACUAGAUAUGUUGUCACGAACUGAAUCAAUAUACCUCUCGCGUCCAAAGCCUCUUUUGGUUGGGAUACCUAAUUUAAGGAAUAAUUGAAGAAAUGUUUUACCGUAUUUUUAUUACUUAAAUGUUAUAUUUCUAAAUAAUUAUAUUAAUGUGCUUAAAAAUAUCUACAAACAUUUUACGUGAGAGCAGCUCCAUAUACAAAUAGGGACCAUCAUUCGACGCUCCUAGCAUAUUAAGGCAAAAUCCCUUCGCUUAUCUGACUUCUGCCUCUGAUUGAACUUACUCUCUGAAACUGAAGGAUUUGAAUAUAAUGAGCGGCCGGGCAGCUAGCCCGGUCAGAUGCCGGCGACUUGUUAAUGCUAUCGAUGUACAUAAAAUUAUAUCAAGCUAUCCUAACUAUCAGUUGUUAACAUCUAACGACAUAUUCCUGUUAAUAGAGACGAGUUUUCUAUUUUUUUUAUCUGGUGUUAUCUUAAUGGUAAGCAAAAUGUGUACAAAAAUAUGAAUAUUUGCAUUUCUAACUAGUCUUUAGCGUCACUAAACGUGUUGUAAUCUGAUGUACUACUUAAAUUAGCGGUUGUGGAGCGAUGGACGUCAUUACAUACAAGUGUAGUUCUUGGUGUCCUCAAUCUGCCUUUUGAAGAUUAUGAAUAUUAUAUUAUAUUAUACAUAACAACGAGUACAAAUAGUUGCUGUAAGGCACUGUGGAAAGUAGCUUAUAAGGCCAUAACUACUUUUAAUAAUUCAAUGCAAAGGAAAUUAUAGUCUGUGGUCUAUUGAGAAAUCAGUAAUAUGUACUAAGAUGUUGUUAUUACCAAAGAGAAUUGAUUGUAAUAGAGAGGUAAAGUUUAAGAAAAAACGUGCCUCUUAGUUUGACAUCCAAAACAGAUGGCGCUGUACUGCGGUCACUGAAUUGCCAAACGUCAACUAUUGACAAUGACAUACAAAACAGAUGGCGCUGUACUGCGGUCACUGAAUUGCCAAACGUCAACUAUUGACGAUGACAUCCAGAACAGAUGGCGCUGUACUGCGGUCACUGAAUUGCCAAACGUCAACUAUUGACAAUCAGAGGGCCUACCGCGAACCACGUUCGACGUGUUGUCUCCCCGUCACACUUACGUACGAAUUUACAAGUGCGACAGAGAGGCAACACGUCAAACGUAGUUCGCGGUAGGCCCUCAGAGUUAGCGAAAAAUGUAUGGAGCUGUACACCGCGAUCUUAGUUACCUGUCAAGUUCGAAGCACGAAAUUUUGCUAGAUUUUACACAUCUUAAUCAAUGUAUCUUUGUUAUUACUUUGGACGAGAAAAACUAUAAUGUUUAAAUUAAAUGCAGUUAUUUUUGUACCUGAUGUUUUGAAUGGAAGUCGAGUCAGGAUUAGGUUAGGUUGUAAUUUGCCAUCUUAUCAUUCAUUUGCAUGUAUUUUCUAAUGAAGUUGAAAGAGUUAGUUUUAAUUUUGUGUAUCUAGAUGAUCCACACUGUUUCCGGGUCUUCCAUAACUUUGUUUUUGAUGAGUACUGGCAACUGGUGAUUAUAUUGUGAUGGCCCUUUUAUAAGUCAUUUGUUUUAAUUAUGUUUCAACUAUAGUUCGUGUCAUCCAUGAUGACGCGCAGAUUUGUCAAAAGUUGUGUUUAAUAACAUGGCAUUAUGAGUUAAGGCACGCGUCUUCGUGAAUGACACGAUCUAUAAUUACUAUAUUGUUUCAUUGGUGUGACGACGUUAAAGACGGAUCUUGACUGUAACGAAUGUAAAGUGAUCAUGUAAUAAAAAAAGACCGUAA